GGAAUGAGGGGGAGAGACGGUUUGACAAGACGCUUCAAGGGAAGUAGAGAUGAUACACGAUCGACGAGUGCUUUCGGAAUCAGGAAAUUAGUUUGGUGUUUUGUUUUUUAUACGUGUAUAUAAAACAUUUACUAUUAGAAGAACGUCUUCUUUUCACUCUUGAGUACACAGAUGGCGUCCAGAGCGGCGUUCCCUACUACACCGGGCGCCCCGGUGAUGAACUCCGGUAUAAACUCUCCUGGCCACCCGCGGAUGGCAGCCAUGAAUCCGGCCUACCGAGCAAUGCCGAACCCAGUUAACCAGUAUCCGCGUCCUGCUGUCCCUCCUGGCCGUACCAUGCCAAUGGGUAGCAUGGGUUCUCCGAUGCCCGGGCCGUCAUACAGCGGGUCUAUGACCGUUCGACCCAGCAUGCCCCAGACCGCGAUGGACUCGGCACGCAAGAGACUCCUUCAACAGCAGGCAGGGGCGGUGAUGGGACCUCGGAGAGGGCUGAAACGACGCAAAAUGGCUGACAAAGUUCUACCCCAGAGGAUCCGGGACCUGGUUCCUGAGUCUCAGGCCUACAUGGACCUUCUGGCUUUUGAGAGGAAGCUGGACCAGACCAUUGCUCGCAAGCGAAUGGAGAUUCAGGAGGCCAUCAAGAAGCCUAUCACGGUAACACCAAAAAGCUGUCAAAAGCGCAAGCUGAGGAUCUACAUCUCAAACUCCUGCACACCUGCCAAACCUGAGGGGGAAGAGUCGGAGAAAGUGGCAUCAUGGGAGCUUAGAGUGGAGGGCAAACUCCUGGAGGAUCCUGGGAAACAGAAAAGAAAGUUUUCUUCCUUCUUUAAAAGUCUUGUCAUUGAGCUGGAUAAGGAGCUGUAUGGUCCAGACAACCACUUGGUGGAGUGGCAUAGGAUGCCGACCACUCAGGAGACAGACGGCUUUCAGGUUAAGCGGCCUGGAGACGUGAGUGUGAAAUGCACACUGCUGCUCAUGCUGGACCACCAGCCACCACAGUACAAGCUGGACCCGCGGUUAGCACGGCUCCUGGGCGUUCACACUCAAACCCGAGCCAGCAUCAUGCAGGCGCUCUGGCUCUACAUCAAGAACAACAAACUGCAGGACUGUCAUGAGAAAGAAUAUAUAAACUGCAACCGCUACUUCAGACAGAUCUUCGCCUGCCACCGAAUGAGGUUCUCAGAGAUCCCCAUGAAGCUGGCGGGACUCCUACAGCACCCGGACCCCAUUGUCAUUAACCACGUCAUCAGCGUGGACCCGAAUGACCAGAAGAAGACUGCGUGCUUCGACAUAGAUGUAGAAGUGGACGAUCCGCUGAAGAGCCAGAUGAUCAGCUUUCUCUCUUCCACCACCAACCAGCAGGAAAUUGCAGCCCUGGAGAUGAAGAUCCAUGAGACCAUUGAGUCAAUAAACCAGCUGAAAACGCAGCGAGACUUUAUGCUGAGCUUCAGCAACAACCCUCAGGACUUUAUCCAGGACUGGCUCAAGUCUCAGAGCCGAGACCUUAAGUUGAUGACAGACACUGCUGGGAACACAGAGGAGGAGAGGAGGACCGAGUUCUACCAGGCUCCCUGGAUCCAGGAGGCUGUGGGCCGCUACGUAUUCUCCAAGAAAUCAGUCAGCUUGUCUUGGUGGUUCUCAGGUCCAGCAGAGGAGACAGGAGCUGGAGCAGGUACUCGGGAUCCGCCUCACCUAAACCCCAGAGGAAUUACAGUGUCUUAAGACGGCAUGCUGAAGAAAUUCUGCAUAUUAUGCAAACUUUCUUUUUUUGGGGGGGGGCUUAAAAUGUAACGAAUUCCUCAGGUCACGGAUUCGUUACUAUUGCAGUUGUUUCAUGUUUGAAAGCAUUUUUCUAAUUGUUCACUUCGUAGAGUGUAUUUGCCUUGUCUUUGGUAUUGCAAUUUUAGCAAAUUAUGAAGUUUGGACGUCCAGUGUGAAUUUGUUUCUAACAAGUUUCCAAGCCAUAGCUGCCUUGUUUCUUACUUUUGCCAACAAGAUGAAAUGGAAGGUGUGUCUGUCUGUCUGUCUGUCUGUCUGUGUGUGUGUGUGUCUGUCUGUCUGUCUGUCUGUCCCGUUAUGCCAAUUGUAACGGUGACAGAACACAGCCAUGUUUAUAAACAGCAGGUAGGAGUGUAAGCCAUUUCUAAGUGAUGUCAGAUUGCCUUAGUGGUAAAGAGGAAAUCCAAUUCCUGUUCUCUGGUGAUGCUUUAAAACAUCCAAGAUCAGAUGUUGUCUCCAGUCUAAUCCUGAUCGUUGUACUCGAGAGACAUAUUUGUGUAUCCGAGCUGACUCACGUGUGCACCAGAGUGACUUAUUCGAUGUAGAGAGUGGGAUGGAGGAGACCGGAAGCCAAUUAAAACUUCUCAGUUUUUCUUCUGCACAAUAUUUAGUUUUAAUGUGGUACUAAACCAGAGUCAGGGUAUCUGAGUUCUGUUUGCUUUGUAAAGUUCCUUUAACAGUGAAUAUAGUUACCACAUUUUGGUUUUACUCAUCUUGAAAAAGCAUGCAUCUUGUGAUAAUCUGGCAAAUGCCAAAGGAAAUGCAGUGCCUCACCCCAACAUGGACUUUUCCACAUAAAGUCAUGGAAAUAAAACCAACUUAAAUAGGAUUGUCAUAAAUCUUCACCAAAAUUUCACUGAAUAUGGAAAGUUUGUGUAAUAUUGUACAAUAUAAAUUGUACCCAUUUAUAUUUGAAUCCAUCCUCUUGCCCUGAGCAGCUCAAUGUCACUUGCUCAAGAAAAAGCCUCCCUAAAACAUGAUUCUACCACCACCUUGCUUCACCAUGGUGUUCUCACAGUGUUCCCAUAAAAAGGCGUGGGAUAUGUGGUUAUAUAAUAAAUACAACCGAACCUUAUCCUUUUGCAAGAUUACAUUGUACUGGAGCUUGUUUUUUUUUUUCUGGUAAAUAACUUGGCAGACUAUAUUAAUGUGAACAUUUAUUCGGAUUCUGUGUCAAGAGUUUACAAAAACUAGCACAAAGUCCAUAUCAGUUAUACACAAUGUGAAAAAUGGAUUGGAGGUGAAUACUUACACACAGCACUGUAUAUCUUACAAUCUAACACUUCCUUUAACAGGGUGCAGGAGUAAGCUGUAUGUUUAAGCCGUAUUCUUAUCCAUACAAACCAAAACGUGGAAACAAUUCACUAAACUGUAUUAAGUCUUUCUGUUAAAUACGCUUCUCCUGAGCAGGUUUUAUCCUACCAGCUUGUUGCCCUGGUAACAAGCCAGACAACAGCCAUAUUAAAGCCAUACUGUGCGCUUUGUUUCAAGUGAAUUUGCUCUGGUUUUUGCUUCUUACAUUCCGUAUAUGAGUAUAUAAAUUUGGACUCCAGAGGAGAGAGAAUUGAGCAAACGUGGAUAUUUUAACGGGUCAAUUUGGGCUGAGCUCAAAUUUCUACACUUAUUUUAAACGCAAGUUCAUCAGCCGAGACGUUUCCUUAAAUGCAACAAAUUGUUCUAAUCAGCGUCGUGCUUUUUGUUGUUGCUACGAAGUACCAUGAUGUUGAACCUCACAAGCUAUUUUGUUUAUGUAGUUCAUAUUUAUCAAGGACGCUAACUACAUAUUUAGCACAUCUAUUUUCUAUUCAGCUAGCCUAAAUAAAAGAAUCCAUUCACAAAGAUAAUACAACCACCCAUAAUUAGCUUAUUAAAUAACGUUCAGUAUUUUUAAAAAGAAUGAUUUAAAAUUAGUAACUAAUUAAGCUGUUAUUUCAGCAGUGUGGAGUCAGAGGUCCAAAAUGAUCAUUGUGUUACUUGAAUAUUACGUUACUUGAUGUGAAUCAUAAAGUAGAAUUUUGAUAAGUAUUUCUCUAAAUGCAGGGGACUGGGUGUUCUUAGUGUUCAUUUAGCAAGUGAGAAAUGAGUUACAGAAGCACAGAAAUGUACAGAGAAUAAUACAUAGAAAAGCACAUUGUGCUGCAGAAAGUGGAGCUUUUGACUGACAAACCACCAACCAUGUUUACAAGGAAUAAAACCGUCCUGCUAUAUUUCUAAUGAAUUUACUUUAGUCAUUUAAAUGACAAAUAAGCAAUAAAAAUGUAUUGUGAACUUUA